AUGCUAGCCAAGCUUCAGUUGAUCGCUGCGUUGCAGGUGUUCGGAGUUUAUGCAAGCGGAUUUGCAGACAUCGUGCUUCGAGAGGUUCUGCUCCCACGCUCGCCUGCGCCAGGUCUCGUGGGCGAUGCUGUGAAUGUCUUCAAUGGAAAGCGUGGAAUUGAAGCACGGCAAGCUCCAGCAUCCGCCUGCGGAACGGUGUUGGAUGCUAUCUCCAUCUGCGAAUCGUUCAGCCCUGGAUUUCUGACUUUCGCGCCGUCAAGUCAGGCACCUUGUCUUUGCUACAGCAGUGGUACCUGGAAUCCAAACUUCUUUGACGGAGCGAUUUCCACCUGCGUCUCGUAUGCCAAAAGUGCAAGCCCAACAGACUACUCUGCAAUCGCAGAAUUGAACGGCUUCUGCACCAGCGUAGGAAAUGUGCGUGCGGCCACAGCUUCUUUAUCAGCUUCAACUAUUCGAUUGACCGGCACGCCCACCGCCAGCUCAACGACCAUAUCAUCAGCGACAAGCGCCUCCGCAUCUUCAACGUCCCCAACCAUCACCUCAAGACCAAAGACCACCAGCUCCCUCGAUUCAAACCCAGGCUGUUCCACCGUCUCCCGACUCAUCGACUCCUGCAGCUCCGCCACACGCGGAUUCACAGACGCAAGAGUCGCCUCGCAGGCCGCCUGUCUCUGCUACAGCUCCUCCACCUGGUCGCCCGACAACUUCGACGACGGCGUGCGAACCUGUGCCGAGUACGUCAGAACUGCAGAUCCGACCGAUUACUCCAUUUUUACCGCGCUCAGUGGAUUCUGCACUUCAGCUGGUGAUGUGCUCGCUGCCGUGACCGUUCCGACCACACGCGCGCCCCUUACUGGAAACCCGAAUUCGCCGACGGUCACUGGGACGCCGAAUACGGCUGCCGCGAAUGGAGGGGGAGCUGUGACCGUCACUGCGGGUGCUGGUCAGACGAAUCCUCCGGCUUCUGGUGCGGGCGCGAAUAGGUGGAAUGGGGUGUUGAGUGGGGUAUUAGCUGUUGCUGUUUCUGCUGUUUGGUUCUUGUGA